GUGUUAGUAUGUGUGCAUUUGUCUGUCUGAAAUGGGAAACCCAACGAUGCCAAGCGAACACCACUCAGCCAGGCAUUUUACUGGUAACUACAGGAAACAGGCUUGGUGUGAAUGAGCUGAUUGAAUCCACAGGUGCAGCUCCAGAGACCCAGCCCAAGCUCGCCGGCUUGGCCCAGACGGAGCACACUCUGACCCCCACAAAGACGGCCCUCAUCCCCCCCUGCCAGGCCCCACCGGUCCCUGACCCAGUCCAGCCUUGCCAUGAAACCCACAGAGACGAUGGGUGCUGGGGAUACGGAUGUGAGCCCCCCGGCACCACACCACCCCAUUCAGCACCCACAAGCUGGAAGGAAGGACGCAGAUAGCAGGAGGGGGGCGGUGUUGCGGGUGGACACCAGGUUCUUUCUUUCCCUCUCUUUUUCAUCUCUCUCUGUCUCAGUGUCAGAGCAGGUGUCCUUUUCUGCCCACUCUUCUCACCCUUCCUCCUUUCUGUUGCCGUUUCUUUUCACAUACACGUUCACAAAUAUACAGCUGACAAACAUCCCUGCUCUAAUCUAUCACAGGCUGUCUUUUAUAGGUCAACUAGAGACACACACACUUCCACACACCGCAGCACACUGGCAGGUUGUGUUCUGUUCUCCUGCAGGUGUCUGGCGUUGCAAUUGCUCUUUAAAUUUUCUUUCCUGUCUAAGCCUGCGAGUAUGUGAGUGUGGAUGCCAUGAUACUAUUCACCAUCACGACCACACUGGGUGCCACAACCUUUUUACCCUCCUUUCCUCCCCAACAGACAAAUAGGAGAUUCUGUCCUCCACCUCCCGCUUUCAACGUGAACAACAACAUGCUUUCUGUUUGCUUCUCUUCCUUCCUCUGACAUUUAUAGGGACCUUAAAUGAUUGUGUCAUGAAUGGUUGGGGUAAAGAGAUCAUUACAAAGUAUAGCAUUGCUGUAAAGAAUACAAUAAUUACAUUCAAAGAAUCACUAUGUGCAUGCUUGUUGGCUCACUUGUUUAUGAUUUAAUUUGAUUCUUCAUCCAUUAGCUGAAUAUUACACCUCCUUAUAUUUACCCUGCAUUUAACGUUAUCAUUGCACUGAGUUGAACGCAAUGAAGAUAUCUUCAAGCGAACAAUCUCACAAGAACUUGGCUGUUCAAUGGGAUGGGGGAUGUGAUUACGGUCAAGUUUUUUAACCAACAUUUGGAUCAUGUCCAUCAUUUGGAAAUGAUGAUCAACUCAUUAGCAUGGAGGGCAGUCAAGGGGGCGUCAGGGAAAGAGAGAGAGAGAGUGAAAGAGUAACUCAUUAGCUCAUUACACCAGUGCUACUCUCAUAUUCUUAUAUGGUUAGGGAGUGUAUGUUAGUUAGCCACAGUGUAAAGACAUCUAAGAGGGACUUUGGACAGAUUAUAUAAUUGAGCAUUUAAUAUUUAAUUAUUGCUGUUAGGAAUAUUAAUACUCUUGCUAGAUGAAUAUGAACUUCAAGAAGUAAGCUUUAUUAUUAUUCAAGAAAGAGCUGGAGUUUGGAAAUCAAGAGCUUGAAGAAUGCAGGCUGUACCUGGGUUUAGGUGCAGAGAACAGGGUGAGCACUCUUUACAGCAACUUAUGCCAAGAAUGGUACGGGUAACAGGAGCUGUAGGACCAGGCUCCAAUGUUGCAGAUCUCCAGGGGCCACUCAGAGCUACAAAACCCCCACGUGAACUGAGUGUGGAGGAGCAACAGGAGCUGAGGAGAAAGAUCAACAGCCGAGAGAGGAAGAGAAUGCAGGACCUUAACGUGGCCAUGGAUGCUUUACGAGAAGUGAUGGUUCCUUAUUCUCCCACCGGUGUAGGGGGGGCACUGCAACACCCUUACCUCCCUCCUGGAGCACCUCCGACUGGACGUCGCCUGUCCAAGAUCUCCACGCUGGUGCUGGCCCGUAACUACAUCCUGCUCCUAGGCUCCUCCUUGCAGGAGAUGAGGCGUCUGCUGGGCGAGGUCAGCAUGGGCGUCGGCGGGACUGUACCACGUCUACUGCUGGCAGGGGGGUGGCCAUUUCUCACCGGGCCAGGACACUUUUUGCUCUCCCCUCCUGAACAGCAGCUGGGUGCAGCAAAGGGGCCUUUUCUGCCUCAGAACUCCUCGCCAGCCCAGGAAGAGUCCUCGGUGUGGGGGUCAAACAGCAUAUCGGAGAGCCCGGUGUGCCAGUGUGGGGUCUGCAGGACCCCAAGAGUGUUGCAUAUUAAUCCUGCAGUACGUUUCCCAAAGUGAAUUCAGAUUGCCUUGGAGAAAGACAUAAAAGUGUACCUGUAGCCCUGACAGAUUUCUCUAUCUGUGGAAGGUGAGGUGUCCGAUUAAUCUUUUUUUUUUAUGCAAAAUGUCACCAUACAAUAUUUUGAUGUAACUAAUAACACAGCUGUUGAGCAUUUUUCUCUAAAUUACUUGGAGAUAAGUCUUGUUUAAAAUCCCAGACUGUCUACUACAUUGAAGUUCUGUUUCAUUAUAGUUCUCCUUCAAAUUCUCCAUGAUUAUUUCUCUGUGUUUGCUAACAAAUAAAAGUAGUAAAAAUUAAA